AUGGCGUGCAUCACGAUCCCGGUAACGGACGUAUCGCCCGGGCCACUCCAACGGCUGUGUCUGAAGAGGUGCCCGUCCAAAUCUGCUUGUGAGGCUCCACGUCGGGAUCGUGGCCGAGAGGUUCUUGGAAACAGAAAAGAGGCAUAUUUGGACCCGUGUCUCGAAGCGGAACUACAUCGUCGACUGUAUACCUCAUGUGUCGGUACAAGGGGCCCCGCUCCAUCGAGUAAGACAGACCUGUAUGGCCUUGAUUUGGUCUCCCUGCAAGAGCUUUGUUCGGCCGUUGCCGAACACGUCAAACCUAUAGGGCCGAAAGCUGAAGGCGUGCUGCAUUUCUGGACUGGGCCUUCAGCUCUGCGCUGGCACGUCCCAAAGAACUGCGCAGGCGAACUUACUGCAGCAAUCUACCCUGAUGAAGCAGUACUGGGCUUAAGGACUGGGACAUCCGAUUAG